AUGUCUGGUCACAAAGUUGGUGUUUUCCCUGCCUCAGGUGGCAUUGGAGGUAGCACAGUCAAGCAUCUGCUUCCCCGUCUCCCAGCCCAAGAUCUAGUUUUCAUCGCGCGCGAUCCCGCAAAACUAGAGUCUGCUAAAUCUGCCGGCGCGGAUGUUCGUCAGGCGAACUAUGACGAUGAUAAUUCCCUAAAGAAUGCAUUCCAAGGAAUCGAUACUCUCUUUCUCAUUUCCUACGCAUCAGUAGAAUAUGAACAUCGAGCAGAGCGUCACCGCACCGCCAUCGAUUUCGCGCUCCGCAGCGGCGUCAAAUACAUCUUCUACGGCUCUCUAGGAUUUGCCGGCAAAGAAAGCAGCCAAGAAUCCGUCGCCCACGUCAUGCGCGCUCACUUGGACACCGAAAAAUACCUCGAAAAUUGCACGCGCACCCAUCCCGGUUUCGCAUACACGAUUGUGCGCGAGGGACUCUAUUCCGAAUCCUACCCUCUCUAUACCUCAUUUUUCGACCCCAAGAAUCCCGUCGAGGAGAUCUGUAUUCCGCACGAUGGAGCCGCACCGGGAAUCGCAUGGGUCAAACGUGAGGAGCUCGGUGAGGGCACUGCAGAGCUUCUCGCUCGUUUUGUGAAGGAUCCCGCGGGAUUCAAGUACCGUCUUCAAACGGUUCUUCUUUCCGGAGCGAAAAUCCUCACGUUGCAGGAGACGGUGGAGAUUCUUGCAAAACUUGCAAAGAAAGAUGUGCGCAUCCGUCAGGUUUCUAAUGAAGAGUUCGCAAAGCAGCCCCAGGUUUCGCCAAAUUUCACAUACCAUGGAUUUGAUCAUUCGAUGCUUUGGACGACGGCGUUUGAAGCGUUCCGCAGAGGCGAGGCGGCGGUUGUGUCACCUUUGUUGAGGGAAUUAUUGGGACGGGAGCCGGAAGAUUUCGAGACCACGAUUGCGGCGUCGUUGUAA